AUGGGUGUUACUGGACUGCAGAGUGACUCCCAGUGUGACAUGGCCACGCCAGGACUGGACUUCAGUGAGCCCUGGUUUCUCACCUGUAAAAUGGGGGUGAUGAUUUUCACCCUUUCCCUCACAGGUACCGUGAAGGACAAGUACCUUGGAUAUUUUGGAGAUGCAAAGACUAAAUAUAAAAGGAUAUAUGUGAAGUUCAUUGAAAAUGCAAACAAAAAGGAAUACGUCAGAGUAUGUUCCAAAAAGCCAAGAAAUAAGCCUUCACAGACCAUCAGAACUGUUCAGGCUAAGCCAAGUAAUAGCAGUAAAACUUCUGAUCCUCCAACAUCAAAAACUGCAACUACAAAAGCCCCUUCCAUGAAACCCAAACUUAAACAGUUGAAAAUAAAGGCUGAGCCACCACCAAAGAAACGGAAGAAAUGGAAAGAAGAAUUUUCAUCUUCACAAUCUGACUCAUCUCCUGAAGUCCAUUCUAGCAGUAGUGAUGAUGAGGAGUUUGAUCCUCCAGCUCCCUUUGUCACACGAUUUCUGAACACAAGAGCAAUGAAGGAAACUUUUAAGAGUUAUAUGGAGCUGCUUGUUAGCAUCGCCCUGGAUCCCGACACCAUGCAAGCCUUAGAGAAGAGCAAUGAUGAGCUACUUUUACCUCAUAUGAAAAAAAUAGAUGGCAUGCUAAAUGAUAACCGAAAAAGACUUCUUUUGAAUCUUCAUUUGGAUCAGUCAUUCAAGAAUGCUUUGGAAAGUUUUCCUGAACUAACAAUAAUUACUCGAGACUCUAAAACAAAAAAUGGAGGAUCUGCUAUUUCUAAAAUCAAAAUGAAUGGCAAAGCUUAUAAUAAGAAAACUCUAAGGACUUCUAAAUCAAUCACUAAAUCUGCACAGGAGUUUGCUGUUGAUCCAGAGAAAAUACAGUUGUAUUCUUUGUAUCAUUCACUCCAUCAUUAUAAAUACCAUGUUUAUCUGAUAUGUAAGGAUGAGAUUUCUUCUGUGCAGAAAAAAAAUGAAGAUUUAGGACAGGAGGAAAUUGUUCAACUUUGUAUGAAAAAUGUAAAAUGGGUGGAGGACCUAUUUGAAAAAUUUGGAGAACUUCUAAAUCACGUACAGCAGAAAUGUUCCUAACAUGUACACAAAAAUUCCCCUUUUUUAUAGCACUAAUGAAAUGGCAGAGGGGGUGGUCACAGAUAAUCAAUCACAUGUCUCCUGCAGGAAUGCCCACUUCCAGCAAACACUUUCACAAGUACCUCUGCUAAGGAGAGUGGUGCUACCAUGACAUCAGUCCUUAGAAACUUAAUCCCACCACAUUUUUAUUCUGAUGAAUGAUUUUUCUAUUUCAUAAACCAUUGGGUAACUGAGUUUUAUUUUCAGAAAUGUUUUUUGACAAAUGAUGAAGC